AGUCGCAAACGGUCGAGCUGACAGUCUAGUGGAUUUUAAAAUGCAAUAUAAUUGCAUUCCGAGCGCGUUAAAAAACAUCAACCAAUCGCAAAAAUGUGCGCGCAACUCUGACGUACAAUUUUGAAUAAGCAAAUUGUGUAAAACAGCAAAAUGAUCCGAAACCCCAGAAUAGCACAACAGAACUACGGCUACGAACAACGAUGAAGAAAUCGAGUCCACAUGUGCGUUAUAAAUAUUAAUGGAGAGAAGGGGAAAAAAUCUAACCAAAUUUGAUUGAGCAAACGACGAUGCCAAACAGUUGAUGUAGCAGCAGCCACAACACAGCCAAAAAAACGAAAAAAGCGAAAAAAGAGCCAAAAGAGCCAGCCAACUUAAUUAGGCACUUCAAUUAUUACAUGAACUGAUGCCAAUGUGAAACGAAUGUGCUUAGCUCCGCAAGUUAGAGCUUCCAAUUUUCUUUCUUUGGUUUUGGGAGCACAGACGAAACGAAAUGAAUUGAAUUGAAUUAAUUGUGCCACACACAAACAUACACAACCAACCACUUUACAUUUCAAUUAACUAGCAACGACGCCCACAACCGAACAAACAAUUCGACCCCAGUACCAUUCCAAGUCGUAGUAUAAAUGUAAUGGAUAUAUGUAUAGCAGAAAUUGCAGAAGACAAGACCUAUAUACACAAUAGCAAACAAAAGAAUUAGAAUAGAAAAAAAUUCAAAAUUCAAGUUACACAACUUCUAAGUGCUCGACGCUGUUUAUUCAAAUUACGAGCGCAAAAAUACAAAAAAGAAAAUAAGGAGGUAGGGAGACAAAGUGGCAAAGUAAACAUAAGAGCCAUCAGAAGGAAAAAUCAACGGUGCAAUACAAACAGACAAGAACGGAACAGUAAAGGCUAAAAAUAAAACUAAAGCUACAACAGCGCCCAUACUUGUAUAUAUAAAACAUAUAUGCAUGAGAAGUCUACAGGCGACAGAUAAUCGCAGAACAUAGCAAGUUGGAGGAAAAGAAGUAGAGCAGGGAAGAGAGUGCUCCUAGGACAUCGUUUGUCACAGCAAAAUUCUUGUCUACAAAAUGUCUUUGGCUGACAUGGGCACAGCCUCACGUUCCGCUACCGGAUCUGGCGGCGUCGGUGGUGGUGGCCAUCACCACUACGAUAUGAGUAGUGGUGGUGGAGGAGGAGGCGGGGGCGGAGGCGGAGGCCUACCCGGCGGACGAAUGACACAUUCCCUGAGUACACCGUCAGGCGUCGAUGGUACACCGUCAACGCCCCGUCAUCGUGGCGGCAAAAAGCUGGCAGUUCGCAUACAAAUGUUGGACGAUUCGGUGACGAUGUUUCAAGUACAGGCCAAAGCUUUGGGUCGCGUGCUAUUCGAACAAGUGUGUCGUCAACUAAAUCUGCUGGAAGCAGAUUAUUUUGGCCUGGAAUAUCAGGAGGUGUCCACACAUACCAAAUACUGGCUGGAUCUGGAGAAGCCCAUGAAUCGUCAGGUGGGCCUAUCGCUCAUUGAUCCAAUGCUCCGAUUUUGCAUCAAGUUCUACACGCCUGAUCCAUCACAGCUCGAGGAGGAGUAUACCAGGUAUCUCUUCUGCUUGCAAAUCAAACGGGAUCUGGCCACCGGCAGCUUGCAGUGCAACGACAAUACAGCGGCAUUGAUGGCCAGCUACAUUGUGCAGGCAUCGUGCGGCGACUUUGUGCCCGAGGAUUAUCCAGAUCAUACAUAUUUAUCCUCUUAUCGCUUUGUGCCGCAUCAGGACGCGGCCAUGCAACGCAAAAUAAUGGAGAACCAUAAGAAGCAUGUCGGCCAAUCACCGGCGGAGGCUGAUCUAAAUCUGCUUGAGACAGCACGCCGAUGUGAGUUGUACGGCAUGAAGAUGCAUCCGGCCAAGGAUGUGGAAGGUGUACCUCUAAAUUUAGCUGUGGCUCAUAUGGGCAUCACUGUCUUCCAAAACAUCACGCGCAUUAAUACGUUUUCCUGGGCCAAAAUACGAAAAAUAUCAUUUAAACGCAAACGUUUUCUGGUCAAACUACAUCCGGAGGGCUAUGGCUAUUACAAGGAUACUGUUGAGUUUUUCUUUGAAGGCCGCAACGAGUGCAAAAACUUUUGGAAGAAAUGCGUUGAGAAUCAUGGCUUCUUCCGUUGCACAGUCGUGCAGAACACGCCUCGUCGCAAAACCCGAGUUCUCUCCCGCGGUAGCUCAUUCCGCUACAGCGGCAAAACUCAAAAGCAGAUUAUUGAAUUCGUGCGCGAGAAUUAUGUAAAACGUCAGACCUUCCAAAGGUCUCAGUCAUUCCGGCAAGGGCCACUGAAUGCUAGUAGCCGAAGUCAGUCGCAUACGUAUGUGAAUUCCAGCAUUUCAGCCAAUCCCCUACUCCCAAUUGACACUGCGGCAUGGGACUAUCACAAUCGAUGCAAGGACUCGAUGACCCCUUCUCUGACGAAGAAGGCAGCGGAUACCUUGGAUCGCCGACGCGACAAUCCUACCGACCACACGCGUUCUCAAGUCACAGCAGCCCAGGUGGAGAUUUAUCAGACGAAGAACUAUGCAGCGGAAUCGCCAACCUCGGCGGAGGAAGCGGCAUGCUCGGUGGAACGUCAACACCACUCGGCAGCGGCUAUGGACCAAAUGAAUUUGAACCGCUCGCUUUCACCACAGGGUCCGCAAUCUUGGACUUCACCCAGCCACAGCAACAGCAACAGCCAGCAACAACAGCUGCGCGCUCAAGAUCAGGCUCGUGCGCAUCAAGGAGAUCACAAUUUAGGUCUGAGCCACUUGUCCCACUUGUACAGCAGCAACACGCCUCGUCGAGUCUCAGUGGGAUCCCAAGCGUUUGUCCCUGCGUCGCCGCAGCAGCUCAACAGCAUCAACACCCACAACACUAUCACCACCAGCACAGUGGGUCUUUCGGUGGAUCUCAGCAGCUCCAUGGAAUUGGAUCAGGAGGAGUUGGAGCAGGUGGAAUUGGAGGAUAUGGGGGAGGAGGAGGAAUUAGUCGAGGAGGAAGCGGAUUCGGACUUGACAGCAUCUACCAUCAAUCGGGAGACUACAGCACUGGCAGUCUCGGGGGCAGCAUUGGCGUCGGCCAGUGCCCAUCGUCCGCCGCUUCGGUCACAGGAGUCCCAAUCGCAAACUGUCACGCCAGUCCAUUAUAGCAGUACCAAUUAUUCGAUGUCUAAACAGUGCAUGCUUAAUAACGCCAACGCCAACUCAACUGAAACAGAGACAGAUAACAUUAUCUAUAGCGACAUAAACGAUAUUGGCCACUACAAAUACCCUGACUAUCCCAGUUCCAAAAUGGAGCACAAGAUCUCUAAUAGUGAACAUCUUAAUCUUAAUGAGCGCAACGAUAUCUAUGCGACGGUCAAUCGCAAGGCCAAGUCGAAGACUCGUGAAAAACACUUCAGUGACGAGUUUAUAGAUCAGUCUAUUUUGCAAUAUACACGAGCCAAACAGCUGGGCCUGAUGCCUCAGCAACCGCCAAUGUUACAACAGCCAAGCACUUCGGCAUAUGCUGCGGCUCAGGAGCGUAGCUACAACAGCCUUAACUAUCAGUACCACAACGAUUUGAAUCAUCCGUCGGAGUCGUCUUCAUCGUCAUACUUUGGUACCGGUUUUGGUACCAAGCGGUAUGCUACCACCGAACGCGUCAAGCUGGCGCAGUCUGAAAACUAUUUGACACCCUCGUUGGACUCGCAAAGCUCGGCCUCGGGUAUUGGGGGCGCCACCACACAGCCUCGUGGUAGACUCACACACUCUUUGCCACGUAACUCAGAGUUAUCGGGUGUCGACUCAGUCGACUCGUAUGACAGCCACUACAUUACACACCAUUCUAUUGGCAAUUUGCUGCCAGCUCGUUUCAAAACGUCGUCCGAAAAGCUUGAGUAUGAAAUGUCCUCGGGAAAUUUGUACUCAACCGCACAGUUUGUGAAACCGGAUGAGGCUGCUGCCCACUAUAUGGAUGAUGAUGACGACGAAGAUGCAGAGGGAUUGGAGGAGAACAUCUAUGAUCAAGUUGAGCGCGAGUCCUGGCUAAAAAGUAGCUCGUGCAAAGAUCUAUAUGAGCGCUUCACCACGUUCUAUGAGCGCGAGCAGUCGAAGCCCAUGACUGCAUUCGAUAAAGAGUUUCUCUCCUCCAAUCGCAUCGACUCGCCAAUCACACGUUAUGACGAUUCGAGGCACUCGAUGUAUUUCACUAAAAAUCAUUCCAUUGAUGCGCAUCAAGACUUUUCACCGCUGCCACACAGCAAAGUGUAUUCGUCCAGUUACCCGGGUAGCACCUACAAUACCCAAGAGCACCGACGCAAUUAUGGACAACACAUCGAUUUUACAGGAUCACAGGACGAUAUUUCACAAGACAGUUACGAGUUGCUUGAGAAGUACGACAUUGACUUCUUUAGUGGGCGGCGUCGUUCCGAGGAUCAUAUGCGCUCGUGUUCCUUAGACUCUGGCAAUUAUAUACCUAGCGAUGAUGAGUCUGUGUCUGAGCAACCAAAAUAUAGAUCUGCUAUAGAUGUCAAAUCAAAAUCAGCUGCUGACAUUAUGAAUGAAAUUUGGGAUGCUGAAGAUCCGCGCUAUUUGCCUCGUGAGAAACUGAGUGUUAAAUCAGAUGGUAAUUUUUACAAGAAAAUCCAAGAAGCUCUGACUCGAACUUCCAGUCAGGAGAGUCAAAGUGAGAUGUUCGAGACAAAAAUUUCACGCAGUUCGGACUCUAGCAAAAAAUCCCGGGACAGUCUCUAUCACACCGAUAGUAAAAAAUCACGUGAGACUACGAAAAGCAAGACAUCGGUGGCUUCUAGCCAGGACUCAAAGGAGUCAUUGGUCGGAGAUUGCUUUGGCCGUAACUAUGAAAUGCCUACAACUACUGGAAAAAAGGUUAAGCAAUUUACUAAGAAAGAUCUGUACGAAAUGUUUCCACUGUCGAGUCAAGAUUCAAAGAGUGACUAUUACGAUGCGGUAGAAGCAGCUGCUGAGGCCGAAAGUUUGUACACAAGGCCAAAGGUUAAGAGCCACGAUUGUCUUUUGUCCGAUACGCACAGCUCGACGGCAAAUAGCUCGUUUUAUGACAGCCGCGACACUUAUUCCACAUUUCCAAGUAAUAAAACUCAUAAGACAUCUAAGGUGCAUUCGAUUAGUCUUCAAAAUGUUGAAAUCGAACGCAAUGCCAAGUCUUUUGGUAGUAAAUCUCCAGAAUCGGUAUCACAACCGACUUCAGGUAAACGUUGCAAAGAGAAGGACAUACAAACGACUGACUCCAUCGAUCAGACGGCGCCCAUUAAAAAGAGCAACUCUCAGUCGUGUAAAAUAUCGGCUUUUAGACGACGUUCAGACAGCGAAAAUAUAUUCAGUUUCGAUCAGGACCGUAUUGAAUGCAUACAGAACUACACAAAACAGUGGGACGACAAGAAAGAUGAAAAAACCAAGCAAAGUCCCGAAUAUCCGCUGACACCCGAACUCAUUUCCGAAUUCGAGAAACAGCAAGUACGCGUGGCACACCAGAAGAUAACACGCAAAGAGGAGCUAAUGGCCAAGACCCACUUUGAAGAAUACAAUCCAAUAAUGGUGCCAACAAACUAUACACAUGCCACAGUUGAGCGCACUAAGAGUGAUCCCAACUCUUUAGCGAAUCGCGCACGAUUGGGCAGUAAUUCGAGACGUCAUGUUCUUAUGCAUCAAAAAUCAAUAGAUCUUACUCCAGCUGACUCGAGUGAUGAAGAUUACAUCUAUAAACAAAUACCGAGUGCUCCGCCCCUGUGUAAAGCUCAUGGCAAUUUCGAAAUACCCAAAUGCUAUGAUGGUACUUCUGCAUCUCAAGUAGACAAGACAGGCUUUGAACUACCUAAGAGCUUUUAUCGGGACUAUGAGCGACGAUUUACCAAAGUACUUAAGGAGGACAUACCAUAUGUGCUGCACAAAAGACACAUUAUGAAUGGUACAGCACCGUCGCCUAGCGAGAAGAAAUAUACCAAGCCCAAAUCUCCAAAGUCACCGAAGUCACCAAAAUCUCCAAAAUCGCCAAAAUCACCCAAAACUGACAAAUCACCAAAGUUGGAAGCAAAUUCCAUACCUGGUCCUGCUGAUUUCUUACCCGAUAUACUAGACAGCUUGUUACCAGCAGAGACAAAAGAGUUUCUCUUUACUCAGAACAUUGAUUUAUCUAAAGUUGAUCCAAUUACAUUGGAAAUUGAUAAAACCAUACCAACCAUACAACUGUCAUCACCUAAACGUGACAUUACCAAACAAAUGGAUCCAUCGAUAUUGGAAAAGCUUAACAAGAAGCUCAGCCAGAUCGAAAGCGAUUCCGCAACAAGUUCGCGUACUGAAAGUAUGCAUCAGCAAAAACUGGAACAGAAACAAAUGGAACUAAUACAGAGCCUGCGAAAAGAGUUGCAAGCGAAUGCUCGAAAAGCAAAUAAACCGCGCGUUAUUCCAAAGACUAAGUCGUCUGGGAAGUCGAAAAAGGGUAAGACUCGUAUAACAUCGUUUUCAUCCGAUGAUGAAAGCUUGGACUCUGACGAUGUUUUUGGCUCGGCUGAGGCAAUACCAGAUCGUUUAGAAUUUUCGCCGCCACAGUCUCGUAAAGAGAUUGAGCCAAUUUUACGUAUUGAACAAAGCCGUCUGAUCUCAGCUACCUGGGGACGCGGUCAGACUAUGAGCUCUACAGAAAUCGAAGGCUCGCCGCCACAGUGCCGUCGAUUGGCCGAUUUGGAGAGCCGCUAUCACACACAAAAGCUUGAUCCGCAAUAUGGAAAUGCUAUGCGUCGCAUAUCCGAGCGUUCAAUCUCAAUACCGUCUUCAGAAGAUGAGCCUCACGUGCCUAUACGCCGAAUGGAUGAGUGCACAAAUGACUAUCAACGCAACGAGAAUAUACCGUCGCCCAUACUAGAGCAUGCGGAGUUCUUCCGUAGCAACGAUGAUAUCUACGAAACAUGCCAUGAGGAGAAAAUUACCGGAUCUGAUAUUGACUACACGUUAAAGAAACAAACGGCCACCGCAUCACCACGUACUGAGCUGGCAAAGUCUAAAGUUAAACUCAUUGAGGAAAUUAUUGACUCAUCGAUUGUCAUGCGCUCUAAAGGUCAUGCACCUAUACUCUUUGCACAUGCGCGUCUUAAUUUAUCUGAAGGAUCCGUAUCAUUGCAACGUCAAAAAGCCACCCAGGAAUCUCCAACUACGGAACGACGUACCAAAAGUCUUGAUACUCCGGUCAUAUCACUGCAUCGGCUACCUCCUAUGAAUGCCUUUUCAUCUAAAGAUGACACGGUUGGUUUUGAGGAGGAAGCCGAGAUUUUGGAAGAGAAAUCUCUCGAACGCGAGGCAGAAGCUAUACAACAAGAUGACGACACUGCUGACAGUGUACACUCUUGCGCAGGAUCAAUACCUACACAGGGAACUUACAAUAAAACUGGCAAGGACUCUGUACUCAGCGCUGUAACCAUUGAUAGUGAGGAGCUUCAGUUGCUGGAUCAACUUAAAUACAUCGAAAAAAUAGCACUACAGGGCGUAAAAAUUAAGGAUAAGAAGAGGUCAAAAAUGAAGCUCAAGAGUGGUGAUCAUCUUAUUUUGAAUAUACCCAAGUAUCGUUUCACUGACUGGUCACCUUAUAGUUCGGCUAACAGCUCUCGAAAGACAUCGCCGGGUGUUUCGCGAGCCAGCAGCAUCGAAAGCACCGGGAAAGGAAAACUUAAGACUUCGGAGCCAUAUAAGGGUAAACCAACGUCCCGAAGCCGUCCUGAAUCGCGACGGACCAGCGCUGACGAUAUCAAAGCUGGAAGAGAUGGCCGGGGCAGCAAGAAAUCAAGUCCUAAGGAACGACCCCGUUCUAUUGAAAUGCGUCGAUUGAGUAAGGAUAAAAGCAAGUCACAAGAAGAAACUGAAGCGGAUGUGGCAAAGCGCAAGGAACGUCAGCAAAAGCUUUACGAAUCGGCUAUGAAGCAAACCAUAACAAUGCUAAGCCCUGUGAAAGACACGCUACCAGCUUUUCCGGCACCCGAGGACAAAAUAUUAGUUAAAACGGAUGGAGAUAAGAUAAUCAUUGAAACAGAAUUUAAAUCAAAAGCUGAGGAUCAUGUGUUGAUUGCCAAGGCACCACGUAAACUUGAUACUUCACUAGUAAAGUUUAGCCGUAGCUUUGACGAAUGUCGCAGUCCAGAUAAGCUUGACAAGGCCAAUCGAAGCUUUGAAGACCGUAACAAAUCGUUUGAAGAUUCUGAGAAAUCCGACGUACCCGAAGAUAUGGUAAUUAAAUCGCCAAAGAAAAUAGCAAAAUCGCAAGAAAUUAAACAAAAAAUCGAGGGCAAUGUUGUGCUACACAAGAAAAUUGACGGCAAAUCGAAUAGUCUAGAAAAGCCUGCCGAACAUCACUAUCUUGGCACGGACGUCAAGGCACGCAGCUUAGAUGAAAAGAAGCAAGUGUCCACGGACGCAAAAAAAGUCGAGGAAAAGACUGUUACACGCAGUGCCAUUGGUGAUCGACGUAUGUUCGCACACCAAUUCAACGUUCAAGAAGAUAUUGACAUGCAGGCCGUCAUCUCAGAGCGUCGUUCGUUGGAAAUUUUGAAACGUUCGUUGCCAUCGGAAGAUACACGAGAUAGUGAGUGUUCCUAUAGUCGAAAACCAUCAACAGCCGAAAGUUUGGACUCGUUUGUUUCAGUUGAUGACAGUCAUUCACCAGCGAGUAAAUCACCAGUGCCACCACCAGAAGGAUACCAACACCGUGUACCAACUAUUGAAUGUGAGGAGCCAUCUAUCGAAGAGGAUGAAAACUCAUCAGAACGUCGACACUUAAAAGUAGGCCGCCACGACACAAACCGUCUGAGUUUGGAUCGUAGUCGUAGUGAUGAAACGGGAUCUUGGAUAACUGUAGAAUGUGAUGAAUUUAUUGGCUCGGACACAUCGGACAACGAACCGCGCACAUUGGAACCUGAUCGUAAUGUGCUCGAAACGCAGGCUACCCUCGAAGAUGCUGUCCCUUUAGAGUACUCUAAUUGUGCAACGCCAACCUCAGACCUCAAUAUCUUAGUGACACCUCCCAGUGCUAGUCCAAUGAUUGAAAAAUCCGUACUAGAAACUUUUGAGAAAUAUACAUCAGAUAGUAAGAAAAAGUACAGCCUAGAGAAGCAAAGCGACAAAUCGAAGAGCUCAGACUCAUGGACUAGUGGGGAAAAGGAUAGCAGUCCACAGCGCCAACAGGACUGGAGUCUUUCGGUAAGCGGCGGAAAAGAAAAGAGUUCAGUUGAUGAGGAAUCUAGUGUUAGUUGCUCUAUAGCACGCCCUCUAGGCAUUUCUCAAGAUUUUGGAAAUGAAGAGGAGAAAAAAUGCUUGGAACUAAAACAACGCAUGCUGAAGCUAGAGGUGGAUGCUAAUGCCGAGAGAGAUACUGAUGCUACACCCACUGGCUCAAAUGAAACAACGCCCACAAACGAGCCUAAAAUAAUUAUUAAGAAACCGACAACACCAACUCUGGAGAAACAGAGUCCCAUUGAUUUGGGAAUUAGCACGGAAUCUUAUCUAGAUCCCAUAGAGGAGCGCAUAGCAAAAAUACUGCAACGACCGGAGGACAGCGAGUCUAGCUCUGGUGGUUCACGUAAGCCACCUAGAAUUGAAAAACCUGCACGUGCUCAUGCAGGCAAAAAACUGGCAGUUGCAAAAGCCGACGCCGGCAAAUCAGGCAGCGACCGAAGUUCCCAAGAAUCAAAAUCUAGUUUUGACUCAAAAGGUUCAUUGAGCGUUGAAUCACGUGGCUCAUUCGAAACAGAAAGUAGUUCUGGCUCUAUGGGUGCGGCACAACGCCGAGGGGAGCUUGCUCAAAAAGAGCAGCAAAGCACUUGGAAGGCGUUCCCUAUCGAGAGUUCCAAUAGCUCUAGCACAGAUGAUCCUUGGCAUCAUGUGGAGACAGACGGCUACGAAAGGUACGAUGCCAAUAAUCCAUUGCGUGAUUCCUCCGACAGCGAUGUCAAAGAGGUUUCGCCCGAUGAACAAAAGGAAAGUGAUGCCAGUUACCAAGAUGAUUUAAAUGACUUUCCUACUACAUUUGGAUAUCCGGCAAUGACUAGCACUUUGACCGGUAUAGGUGUCAAUCCCACAGACAUUAUUGGCUACAGCACUGGUUUCACCUUGGGUCGAACAUUGUCACGUAUUUCAGAGCGUAGCACAGCAUCGGAAAAGUCUAGCAUGGAAGAUGAUGUAAGCAAAGCAUCAACGCACUCGGUGAGCAUGCGCGACGAGUCAGUGGGGUCAACCGAUCAUCAGCCCAGCUUGAGCUCGGACUCUCGCAGCAAUAAUCUAGCCUACAUAUCUGAUGCCGAUCGCCGUACAUCGGCUGAAAUGCCGGAAAUUCCUUGCGAUUCCGCCACAGGUGAUCGUCUGUCCAGCAUUGGAAGCUUUAAUGACCCUAAGUCACCUACGGUUGUCACGGGACGCUUUUCUGUUACACACGUAGAUGAACAGAAUCCGGAUGAUGUCGAUCGCCACACAUUAAUGUGUUUAUCAAACGCAGGCAGUCAGGAUUCAGAAGACUGGCCCCUGCCUGAAAUACCAUUUGAUCAUGUGCCAGUCAAACCAGUUGAAUCUAUUUACGGAAUGCCUGAUCUUGACAAGCCCGUUCCAAAGUCUUUCUGCUGGAAAGCGAGUAUGUCAUUCCAGUCGCAGGACUCUGUUGACUGGCCUUCACCACCGCCAAGCGCCGUUGCAGCACCAAUCAUUGUGGAAAGCAUCGAAACAUACUACGCCAGUGAAGUGCAAAACGCCGAUAAGGUUAUGUUAGAUUCAUUUACAGCAUCGGAUCAUUCACAAAUGGAUGACAAGUUAUCACACGAUGAGUAUCCAAUAAGCCCUCCAGAUGUAGCCAAGGUACUGCCUUAUGAGGACACUGCAUAUCUUAUGUCUUCAGCCUUUGAGGACAAAGAUUUUGGCAGCGAAGAAUUCCAACCGGACACAGCCACAUGUCUAAGCUCCACUUUAAGUGCUGCCUCUUGCUUAUCUUCAUCUUUUAACGUUAGCUGUACUUCGUCUUCGUCGCCGAAAACUCAGAAAACAGCCAUUCGUGCAUUGCGCAAGAGCUCCAGUCCCGAGUCUGUUAUCAUUUCACAGCCCACGCGAUCGCCGGCGCCACGUAGUCCACUAUCCGAAGAUGAGAUGUUUUCCAACGAUGAUGUCUUUAUGCCCGGCACCAUUAAAGUGCAACUUUCUCCAGAUGAAACCCGUACAAACGAAUAUUUGCGGAAACUUUCGCGGGGGUCUAAUAAUUCGGACACCUCCAUCGAUGACAUACUUUCUGGUAGUACCUACAUGGAUGAUCAGACAACAGUACGUCGCAACUACGAGGCCCGCCUAAGCACGGGCUCUUGCAAAAAAUGCAGUCAUUCAAGCCAUUCCGAGGAAGAAACUAGUUCCAUAGGCACCGAUCUAGAUGGUACCGUUCGCAUGGGCCUGCAGCAAAAGAAAUGCACUCACAGCUCACAUUCAGAAGACACAAGCAUUGGGCUUAGCAUUUCCGAAUGGUCGACGGGUACAAAUACAGUUCGCCAGUAUGCUAAUCUGUCUGGAUCGGACAGUCUCUCUGCGGUCUCAACGCACUCUUGCGCUAAGAGUGAAAAAUCGAAUCACACUAAGUCGAGCAUAAGCUCCAUUAACAAAUCAGCAGAAAGUUUGAAUGAACAAAGCGGCAGCUACUCGAACAAGUUUAGCGGUGAUAAUGGCUCCUCCGACGGCUUGCGCUAUGACAUACUCUCCAACUCGGAAACGGAUAAAUUGUCCGAAACAACUUCAGCCACGCGCAGCGAUGACACAACGCUGACUUUGACAGAGAUGGCGCAUACUAUUACAGAAUGGUCUACAUCGAGCAGUCGCACGCUAGUUGGUGUUGCCCCUGGCGAUGUUCAAGCGGGGUCUGCGCUGGAGCAACGUGGGCAGCGCUGUGGUUACAUCGAGUAUGUGCCGCUGAAACAGCCACGCGUUGGCCAAAAGAAGUCGCCCAGCGAAGAGAAGCGCUGCUCGUUGCCACAAAUUCAUCGCCGUAGCGGCAGCAAUGGUAAUCAAAGUCGAACUAGUCUCGAGGAUCUCGAACAGCGUACGUCACCGCCGAAGGGCACGCCGGCGGCUAUACUUGGCGGUAAUGGUCCCGAGACUAGUGCGGCAGCGCGCAAGCGUCGUUCACUGGAAAUGAUGUCGAAGCUUUAUCAGAGUCAGGAGAUAUGUUCGGAGAGUGAGUCGCCAUUCGUGGAGCGUUUGUAUGCUCCAAGCGAAAAACUAACUGAACGCUACCAGAGUCAAGAAUUUGUGCCGCUCCACACGACUGCAGCGGGAGGCAGCAUCAGCAGCUCGACAACAACAACCACACAGAUACAAACGCAGCAAUCACAGCAGACACGUCAAAAGGGACGCGCACCACAACCGCCGGCCAAGCCGAAAGCAGUCCAACCUCCAACUAAGCCCAAGCCUGCGGUUACGCGACCCAUUAUGCAAGCACUGCUCAAUAAAAUGAAGCAACCAGGACUAGCAGAGCAGGCAGCAGCCGCCGCAGAAGCCGAAGAAGCAGCAGCCGCAGCCACAGCCGUUGUCAAGGCUGCAAAAGUGCCACCGCCGGUGCCUAGUAUACCACCCAUUUUAUCACCCAGCGAUCUUCCCGGCGACGUAGGCGCACUGCCAGAGAAACCACUAGCAAAGCAUCACAGCUACGAUGAUAAGACGUUGUCCAAAACCCAAAUACGUGAGUUUAAAACAACCAGCAAGCAGCUUAGACAAUCUAGUUCAUUUCACGAGCACAUGCUGUCCAAAUCUCAACAAUCUUCGGUAGAUUCCACGUCCAUGCAGCUGCCGAUGCGAAUUGACGAAGAGAAGGACAGUUCCUCUAUCGGCGGUGGAGGCCAUUCAGCAUCUUCGGCUACCACCACCACAACAAAUACGCUGAAUAGUGAGAGCACCGAAACCAAUAACUCUCCAAUGAUGCCACAACGGGCUGAAAAGCUUAUACGUUGUUCGCCGUAUUACUCUAGUAGCCUGAGCUCAGAGUCGCCACCCAAUCAGUUGAUGCAGAAGCCACCACGAAAGAGUUCACUGACAGCGCGUGGAAGUACAGCCUGCAGCGGUGGCGUGGCUGGUGGCGUAAGUAGCGGUGGCAGCACCACAACAACCACCAUUAAGAGUCCACCCAGUGGUAAUGACACGGACAGUUCGCUGGAUGUACGAGCACAGGAUCCAAAGCUUCGUAGUCGUGGCUAUCGCAAGAAGCGCCAAAUACCCACCAAACGCAUUCGGGCCAAUAUCAGCGCCGCCUUCGCCGAACAAUGCGAAAGCUCCGAAUGCUCCGAGGGCUACCUACCUGAAAUGGACUCGGGCAGUUCCGAGUAUUCGUAUCGACCCGAAGAUCAAUAUCUUGAGUUCGACGAAGAACUGGAGCAAGAGGAAACAGACGAAUACGAUGAUUAUCCACAAUACAGUGGUGCUGCUUCGUACAGCGGCAGUGGUGGCGGGAAAUUUGAAAGCCUCGAUAUGAGCGACAAUGUGGAUGAAAUGGGCUUUCCACGCUACGAUCGUCUGGGUCACAUCACCAAGCCCAUGUAUCAGACCCAGCCGACUCCCGGCCAGCAGCAAAUCGCGAGUGGCUCUCGAGUCGCUGCAGUGUCCAAGCCAGCACCCGCUAAUCAUCCGAUGCCACCAGCCAGUGGACAGCCAGUAAAGCCAGCUCGCACCAAGAAGCGCCAGUUGAAGCGCGAGGACUCUAUGGCGGGCACAUCAACAAUGGGGUCGGGUGGUAGUGCACAGCAGCCAUAUCAUGGUCGCAGCUAUUGCAAUCCCGAGGAGAGUGAGUAUGAGUCGAGAGGCGGUGGCUUGUCCGAUGAGUUGGCCAAUUCCAGCGAAGAUAGUGGCAGUGGAUUUACACGAAACGCAAUGGUUGCAGCGAGUGGUACAGGAACCAUAAGACGUGUUGCCGCCCGUGCCCCGCAACCGCUGCCCCAGCAGCAGGUACAGGAACUACCCUAUCCCGAUUUUCUGUCCGAUUACGAGACGGAACCAAUUGAAUACGAACGCUAUGCCUGCGGGCUGGACAUACGCGUUGAUCCGCCUCCCAAGUUCCACGACUCUGAUGAUCUCAGCGAUCAGUAAGUCUGGCAACAUGGCAGUUGCUUCCAAUUGCAUUUUCCACGCUUUUCAGUUGCCUUGUUAACUUGAAAAACAUUUUUUAGAAUGACUACCACUUUUACACGAUCCAACUAACCAACUUAUUUAUAAUUGAGACUGAUUUACGACAACAACAACAACAACAAAAAUGAAUAUACGAGUAUAACAAACUCUCUCGUGCUGCAACCAAAAUAAAAAGCGGAAACAAAUAAACGACAAAAAUGAAAAGUCGAAAGCAAAGUUAACUUUUUUCUCUGCUUCUUCAGCACACAGCAAGUUAAAAACGA